AUGAAAGUUUACUUCUACGAGAGCCAUUAUAAUUGCAUGGACGUAAUCGAGCUGACGAGCUCUGUGGUUAGAAACUACAACCCCUGCAGCUCCAUAUUCAACGGAUUGGAAGACAACAAAGUCAACUCUAUCCGACGACUUAAGGCAACACUUGCCAAAAGGGAUGCUCUUCUGGAGUUCAAACACGAAUUCCCGAGUAGCGAUUGCUGUUCUUGGGAAGGUGUGACGUGCGAUGCAAGAUCUGGUCAAGUGAUUUCACUUGAACUUCGUUACAUCCCACUCAACAACUCUUUAAAACCAAAUAGUGGUCUUUUCAAACUCCACCAUCUUCGUAACCUAAGUCUUGGAGGUUGCAAUCUCUAUGGAGAGACUCCUUCCUCAUUAGGAAACCUUUCUUAUCUCACACAUCUUAACCUUUUCGGGGAAGUUCCGGAUUUAGUGGGAAACCUAACCCAAGUAAACUACCUACGACUUGGCAGUAACAAGCUCAGUGGAAAUAUUCCUCUUUCAUUAGCCAACUUAACUUACCUGUCCCAUUUAGACAUCUCAGGCAAUCAAUUCACUGAUCCCGAGAUCCAUUGGAUUGUUGAAGGAAUUGCGUCUUCUCAACUUGUCAGAUUGCAUCAGUCUUCUGCCUUGGAGAUUCUAGUCCCGGAGAAUGCAGUGGGUAAAGUUAUGAGCAGAGGAGGCAAUUUGGAGAACAUAAGAUGGAUAUCUGGAGCUAUGAUAGAAAUUUCUGAUUCGAAAACUUCAAAUGAACAGCUUGACGCAAGACUUACCAAAAGCUGCCUAAGCCACGAUCUUCCACACAAACACAAAAGAACAAAUAAAAACAAGAAGAAAGGUUCAUGGAACAAGAUUAGCGAUUGCUGUUCCUGGGAGGGUGUCACGUGCGAUGCUAAAUCUGGCGAGGUGAUUUCACUUGACCUUGAUUCCAUCCCUCUCAACAACUCUAUGAAACCAAAUAGUGGUGAAUUUCCAGCUUCAGUCGGAAAUUUAACCCAACUAAGAUACCUAAGCCUUGGCAAUAACAAAUUUAGUGGGAACAUUCCUCUUUCAUUUGCCAACUUAAGAAAGCUUUCCCAUUUAGGCAUCUCGAGAAAUCAAUUCACGGACAAACUCGCCUAUCUUGAUCUUUCCAACAAUAAGCUGGAAGGCGAGAUACCAGGUUGCUUAGGGAGGCUGCCUAUGUUGAUGCUUUCUCACAACUCUUUCACCGGUUUUGAAAAAUCGUUUGAAGAUUCCGGAGUUCUUGAUUCUCUGAACUUGGAGACAAGACCACUUUCUUCAUUGCGCAAACCGCUAGUGAUCUCCAUUUUUUCCCACCUCAAGAUUAACCCGGUUAACAUGUCUCCAUUUUGUAAAAUCACAGAACAUUCCCGGUUUGAUAAGAACCUAACCGGAAAAACCGAAAAGAAAACCAAACCUAUUCCCUCCGCCUUAUCUCCUCUGUGUGGAAGAGAGAAAGAAGAAGAAGAAGAAGAAGAAGAAGAAGAAGAAGCCAUGGCCGUGGCUCUUGCUUCUUCUAAAGCUUUUUCCUCAUCAGUUUUUCAUACUUCACCUCCAGUAUAUCGGCCGAAUUUAGUGUUAGCUUGCUCCGGUUCGAAUCAUGUUGACGCCGUCGAUCGGAGAAGAAGAAUCGUGAUCUUCGGUUCUAGUUUGGCUCUCGCGUCGACUCUGCUUGGCUCCAAUCAACGAAAUUUUCCGGUGGAAUCUGCGAUCGCGUUGGAGCUAUUGAAGGAAAAAGAGGAUGAGCUCGAGGAAGAAGAAGAGAGAAAUGUCAAUCUCUUCCAGAAAACUUCGCCGUCAGUUGUUUUCAUCGAAGACAUUGAGCUGCCCAAAACUUCGACUGGUGAAUUCAACGAUGAUGAAAACGCAAAGAUCGAAGGGACAGGUUCGGGCUUCGUUUGGGAUAAGCUUGGUCACAUUGUGUCUCUUGUUGAUGCCAAGGGAAUAAGAUUUAGCAAGGUUGGGAAAAUUGUGGGUCUUGAUCCAGAUAAUGAUCUUGCGGUGUUGAAGAUUGAAACCGAGGGACGCGAAUUAAAACCAGCUGUUCUCGGUACUUCCAGUGAUCUACGCGUAGGCCAGAGCUGCUAUGCGAUUGGGAAUCCGUAUGGAUAUGAAAACACUUUGACAAUAGGGGUAGUGAGUGGUUUGGGAAGAGAGAUACCUUCACCUAAUGGGAAGAGUAUUCGAGAAGCGAUUCAAACCGAUGCUGACAUUAACUCAGGAAAUUCUGGAGGGCCAUUGCUUGAUUCUUAUGGCCACACCAUAGGUGUGAACACUGCCACAUUCACCCGCAAAGGGACCGGUAUGUCUUCAGGUGUGAACUUUGCCAUUCCCAUUGAUACAGUUGUUAAAACAGUACCCUACCUCAUUGUGUAUGGAACAGCUUACAGAGACAGAUUCUAAAGAAGAAGAAAAGCAUCCUUGUUUGAAAUUUUUUUCCUUGUUGUUGUUGAUAAUACAAUUUGGAAAAGAUUCAGACUUUUGUCUUCUAAAUGUAAAUACAAAAAGAAGAAUCCAAAAGGGUUUCCAAUGCAUGUAUACGCUUUUCUUCACAAAAUGAUGUGAAUCAUUUGUCUUGCAACACAAGGAGAACAUGGAAUAAAUUUUGAUUUUGGGCAAUAUGAAAA